UAGCCCUUGGGGUUUUUGUAAUGAUUCUUGUAAAGUUCAAACCUUUGAAUUUUUGGUUUUGCUGUCAGUCUCCAUUACAAAAACGCUUAUUGAACUUGUUAUUCUCCAUCUAUGUUUUUUUGCCAUUCAUCUGUAUCUCAUUAUCAUUUUCCAGGAAUCACAUACAAGGGUAUCCAUCUAUUCGAAUCUUUCGUAAAGGAAGUGAUGUCAGAAGUGAACAUGGGCAUCAUGAGCAUGAGUCAUAUUAUGGAGAUCGUGAUACAGAAAGCCUAGUCAAGUUUAUGGAGGGUUUAGUUGCAUCUCUCCCAACAGAAUCUCAAAAGCUAGCUCUGGAGGAUAAAUCUAAUGCUACAGGGAAUACAAAAAGGCCAGCGCCAUCAGCAGGUGGAUGUAGAAUAGAGGGAUAUGUGCGUGUGAAAAAGGUUCCAGGAAAUUUGAUCAUCUCAGCUAGAUCAGACGCCCAUUCCUUUGAUGCUUCUCAGAUGAACAUGUCACAUGUCAUAAACUACUUGUCCUUUGGAAAGAAAGUGACAGCUAGGGUCAUGAGUGAUGUGAAGCUCUUGAUACCAUACAUUGGUAGCAGCCAUGACAGGCUCAAUGGCCGGUCAUUCAUCAAUACUCGUGAUUUAGGAGCAAAUGUUACAAUAGAGCAUUAUAUUCAGAUAGUUAAAACAGAGGUAAUGAAUAGAAAAGGCUAUAAAUUAAUUGAGGAGUACGAGUACACAGCGCACAGCAGUGUGGCACACAGUGUAGACAUUCCUGUUGCGAAGUUUCAUCUUGAGCUCUCCCCCAUGCAGGUCUUAAUAACAGAAAACCAGAAGUCUUUUUCACAUUUUAUUACAAAUGUCUGUGCCAUUAUUGGGGGAGUUUUCACGGUAGCUGGAAUUUUGGACGCGAUUCUGCACAACACUAUUAGAAUAAUGAAAAAAGUAGAGCUUGGCAAAAAUUUUUGAUAGAUAGAUGAAAAUUUUGUAUAGCGUAGGGCCUGAUUUUGUUAUGCCCAGUUUCACUUAACAGUUCUAUAGAUAUUAACUAUGCUAUACAUCAUACAAAUAUAAUUUUGUAGUUACUUCGGUAAAAUGUUCAUUACAAGGAUAAAGAUUAUGUGGCGCAUAAUGUAUCUGAUAUUUGUCUUAA